UCGGUGCUGCGCCACUUUGACAAACACUUAACGACACGCUUUGUAUUGUUUUUUUUAAUAUGGUAUCAUGAAAUACAUCGCGUUUUCAUCAUUUUUGCGAGAAAUUAAAAUGUAUUUUAAUCACUUUAUUUAUUAGUCAAUUAUUUAUCCGCACGAAAAAAUAGUACGCAUGGAGUAUACAUCACUUUGUUGUAGUAUACUUCAGAUUCUGUAGUAUUAACUAUAGUGCAUUGAUCGACUGUAGUGAAUAAUGUAGUACACUUUUACUCAGGUUCAAAAGCAUGAUUGUAUAGUGUGUAGUUUACUAUAGUGAAUACUUUAGCGUACUACGGUAUUUUUAUUGUGGCAGGUCGAUCUAGCGGACGUUCGUCUUGACUGUUAUCCAACUUAUUCCCGAUCUAUUUUAUACAAUCUAUGUUCCCGAAAACACGAUAAUUUUCAUAAACACACGGACAAACCCGGCGCGUUCACGUUGAACAGCCUGCGCGUCCGCGUCUCACAGUCGGCCAUUUUGACUUAGAGAAUAAUGUCCUAAUCUUUUCUGCUCCCACUUGAAAGAACUGAGGGGGACAGUGCUGAACAGGACUGCCGGAGGAGAGAGAGCCUUGAAAUCUAUGGAUGUGGAAGGAUGCAUCGCAAAUCAAGUAUCAGAUCUCCCUUCUGACACCUCAGGGCAGGUCUGAUCACAGAUUGCUGUCUGUCUGACAUCUAAAAGUGUUAUUGGCACUCUGUUUCCUCUGUAGACUGCAGUCAUGUUCUGGAAGUUCAACCUGCACAAUUCCUCUCAGGUCGAGAAGCUUUUGGAGAAGGAGGACUUGACCCUGCUGGAGCUUCUGGAUGAAGAAGAUGUGCUACAGGAGUGUAAGUCCCAGAAUCAACGCCUGCUCCUCUUCCUCACCCAGGACAGCAGCAUUCUUGAGCUGCUCAAUCUCAUUACACACGAGCCCCCUAUUGACCAGGAGGAGAAAAUGCGCUAUAAGUACGCUAACGUAGCAUGUGAGUUGUUGACGUGUGAUGUGUCCCUCAUCAACGAUAAAGUGGGCGGAGACCAAUCUUUGCUCAACACGCUCUAUAAUUUCAUAGAGCAGACUCCGCCCAUAAACCCCCUGCUGGCCUCUUUCUUCAGUAAGACCGUCGGCACUCUCAUCUCCCGCAAAACAGAGCAGGUGAUCGGUUUCUUAAAGAAGAAGGAGGAUUUUAUUGGACAGUUGUUGAAACACAUGGACACAUCAGCUAUGAUGGAUAUGGUGCUGCGUCUCAUUAACAGUGUGGAGCCGGCCUCUGUCAGACUGGAGGUGCUCAAUUGGCUGAACGAAGAGAAGCUGAUUCAGAGGCUCAUUGAACUGAUUCAUCCUCAAUGCAACGAUCAGAGGCAGUCGAACGCAUCUCAGACGCUGUGUGACAUCAUCCGUCUGAGCAGAGAUCAGACCAGCGCACUUCAAGAGACCAAUGAGCCGGACCCUCUGCUCGAAACGCUAGAGCUACAGCAGAAUGUGGAGGCCCUUCUGAAGAACAUGUUUGGAGGAGAGAGGAGCGAAACUUGUAUUGUCUACGGAACUCAAGUGUUACUCACACUAUUGGAGACUCGGAGACCCGGGAUUGAACAGAUGAUCGACCCGUGUUCUCAGGGACUGGAGACGUCUUGCACUGUCAACAACAGCAUAUUAAUGGGAAUACAACCACAUCUAAAACUCUUCCACCACUUACUGUUAAACCCACCCAAGAAAUGUGUCAUUUUGACCACAAUGGGUGUCUUAGAGGAGCCAUUUGGCAAUGCUCGACUGCAUGCUGUUAGACUGAUGGCUGCCCUGCUGUACACAAGAGCUCCAAGAAUCCACCAAGAGCUCUGCCAUCUGAACAUGAUCAACCUGAUGCUGGACCUGUUUUUUAAAUUCUCCUGGAAUAACUUCUUACAUGUCCAAGUGGAGCACUGUGUCUCAGCCAUCCUUAACCAGACGACACCGAACGGAAAACUACAGAAUAGUCCGGAUCAGACUCAUCAAGAUCAGCUGGAAAGCACACGCUCGGACCCGAUUGAGAUACACACCGGCACCUCUGACGGAUGCGAUAUGUUCACACACUCAGAACUGAUAAAACAUUUGUUAAAGGACUGCCGGCUGGUUCAGAGGAUUUUAGAUGCAUGGGAGGAAAAUGACAAAACACAGGAGGCUGGGGGCAUGAGAAAAGGGUACAUGGGUCAUCUGACCAGGAUUGCCAACACUGUGGUGCACAAUGCAGACAAAGAGCCAGAACAGACCCAAAUCACAGAACUAAUAAAUGAGUUACCAGAGAACUAUAAAGAACGCUGGGAACAUUUUGUGAAUGAUGCGCUAGCAGAAACUAACAAGAGGAACACAGCGGACCUGGUUUUCUCAGAUUAUCAGAUUCAGCAGAUGACAGCAAACUUUGUCGAUCAGUUUGGACUGAAUGAUGAUGAAUUUGGAGAGCAUGACGGCAGCAUCAGCGCCACAUUCGAUCGAAUCACAGAGAUCAACUUUAACCUGGCGGAUGAGGGGGCGAGCUCUGCCGUCUUUGAAACCCGCACAAAAGAGAAAAUUCGCCAUUUCGAUGAGGAAGAGGAGGAAGAUAUUUGGGAGGAAAAGGAAAUCAACUAUGCAGCUCGCAAACAAGUCAAAGCACGAAGCAGGUUUGGACAGGAGACCAACACUCAGAAUAGCGAGGCGGAUGCUGGCUCUCGGAGGCGUCUCGGGUCACCAGAUCUGGAGUGGUUUCCAGAAUCGAAACAAACUCCAGAGAACGCCAAGAAUCGGGACAUGGACAGCCAGUGCAUUGAUCCUCAAAGUCCUGGAUGGAUCGCAAGUUUUGAAGAUGACUUCAACUGUCGGGAUUUUGCGAGCAUCGCCAUUGAUACGGGAUCCAGUGUGUGGGGAAGUUCUAAAGACCAGCUCAGUGAGACGGAUGAAAAAGGAUGGGCGACGUUCGGUGACUUCCAGCCCUUCUGCUGUUCAGACGCCGGACCCAGAUGCAGUUCACCUGUGGACACACAAAAUCCAAACAAACAGAGCCAGAAGGAUGAAGUGAAAGGCUCAUCAGCGUGUGUGUGGAGUGUAUGUGGAGCGAGGAAGGCUCCUCUCGUAGCAUCGGACAGCAGCUCCAGUGGUACAGACAGUGAGGAAGAGGAGGAGAGGACCAGCAUCAGCACAAAGACGGUUGCCACCGGCAACACCAAGGAGCCGGUUAAACCCAGUGUGGAGCUAAGCAGUGACACUACUGAUAAAGCAACAGGUGGCAUGGCAACAGAUGUCAUAGCAACAGCAACCGUGGCGACGCCCAUCGCUGGUACUCAAUCGCCUAUGAAGCAGAAGUAAGGGGUGACCACAGCAGUAACGGUCCAAUGUAAGAGCACCCUCGCUGCUCACCUCUAUCCCCAUGGCAACCAUUGCCACACUCGUUUUGGCCACUUUUAGCCCCUCCCUCUGGCAUCUGCCGUUUCCGUUGGUCUGCCAUGUAGUUAGGCGAGGUUUUUGUCGGCUGGUACUCCACAUCUAUACUCCAGUCUUCUCUAAAGAAGACAUCUUCACGGUUGACCUUUGAACCCUGUGAGAGCAGCCCGGCUUCAGUAUGUGAGUGUGUGUGGUAUUGUGGGGUGUUUUGGGACUAGAAUAAGAUGCACAUUGACAUAUGCAUAAAAUUGCUCUACAUGUACAUCUACGGGUGUUAAAAGUUAUAUUUUUAUGUUUUUGAAUCCGUGUGUUUGUGUGUCUUGAGCAGCUGAUCAGUAUUUUUGUGUGUUGUAGCUCUGGUACUGAUAAAAUUUCAGUGCUGAUUUCUUCACUGCUGGUUUAUGUUACCCCCCCCCCCCCUUAAAGAAACACGUGUACAAGCUAAAUUAAUUGAGAAAAUUAAAAAAAAAUUAGUUUCGUUUUAUUUCUUGUUAUAUGAUGCGUUUACAUUAAAGGAACAGUUUAAUUUAAAUGAAGCUUCUAUCUUCAUGUACUCACCCUCAAGUCUUAGUUCUGUUGAACACACAGGAAGAUACUUUGAGGAAUGCUUUUGUAAUUUUUCCUACUAUGGUAGUCAAUGGUGGACAAGAACUCUUUGGUUACAAGCAUUCUUCAAAAUAUCUUUUGAAACAACUUGAGAGUGAGUAAAUAAUGACAGAGCUUUUAUUUUUGGGUGAACUGUCUCUUUAAGGGAGAAAUUAAAAGUUCUGUCUCCAUUCGCCAUUCCUCCAAACCUGUGAAACUUUCUUCUCUGGAACGUAAAAUGUGAGACGAAAUGUUUAUGGUACAAAAAAGUAAAGACGGUUAAUACCGUCAAUCUACAGACCAAAAAGCAUCAUUAAAGUAGUCUCAUCCGUCAAGCCUUCUGAAGUCCUACAAGCUGAAGUUUCUUGCUUGGAUAUUUCUUGAUUUAGAUAUUGCAUAUCUAAAUGUAUGCAUCAGGUUUAGUUUUAACAUAUCUCAGAAUGAUUAUAUUACAUCAUUUGCGUUACUGAAUGAAUAACAAUGGAUAAGGAAUAGCUGUUAAUGUUUUGUGUUCCACGGAGGAAAGUCACUUGAGUUUGGACGGCAUGGGAGUGAGUAAAUGAUGACAGAACCGUCAUUAUUGGUUAAGCCAGUUUGAGUUAAUGUGAAUCUUCAGAAUGAACUCAGGAGAAGGUGGAACUUAAAGAAGCGGGUGUGUAUGUGUGUGUGCCUUGAAAUAUCAGAGAACGACACAUCAGCGUGUACAGUAUGACACGUGUUCGUGUGUGUGUGCACAUAUCCGUUAUAAUUCUCCUGUAGUCUUAGUAAUGUUGAGGUGUAUUCUUUAUAUAUGUGUGCAAUUAAUAUAAUAUUUUUACUAACUACUUUUGAAACACUAGAACGCUUCGUCCAGUUGAAUCUAGAGCGAUAGCAAUAAUAGUACGAAUCAUUUUUCGUUUCGAUUUCUUUUUUAUAAAUGUAGCUUUGGGACAAUGUGCACACAGACACACAAAGAGUGUGAACGUUAUAGACUGUGUAUUUUGUUUUUGCACUUUUAAAAACUUGAUUUUGAUACCAAAUGCAACAGAAUGGUGGUGAAAUUGCCGUUUGGUCUACUUGGAUUUUUAAGUUUACAAGCACUUUGUUUAAAUUGCAAGAGUGCAUUUGUGUGUGAGAAUGAGAGCAGGUGAAAGAAAAAUAAAGAUUGAUCGGCUUUGUGCUUGAAUGUAUUUUACAUUUUGUUUUUUAUGAUUUUAUCUGUAAUCCAUGACUUUUGCCUCUACAUCACCAUCUCUGUUUAAAACAUAAAACUGCAGGUUAAUUUAUGAUAUUCUUAUGUAUGAAGUCAAAUCACUUUGUGUAUUUUUAACCCAGAGAAGUUACGGAUUUUAGACUUUCAUUGUUUAUUUUGCCAAAGUCGCCACGUUUCUUCUUUAACCGGCUGGUUUGGACAACAGGGUUUCAUUCUCUUAUCAUUACUGUACCUUCAUUUACUUAUGCUUUAAUUCAGCACGUAAUCCAAACGGCCACUUAGUGAAAUAGCAAUGAGAUCUUUAUUAUUCCAUCGAUCUUGUCUUCCACAUACAGUACAGGUCUUUAUGAAGCACCACGUCUAUGCGAUAUAUCUGUGUUUGUUAGUGCGUUCCUAACAUGUUUAUUUGACCAGGUACUGUUACACGGGUUUAGUGCUGUUUGCUGCUGUGGUAAAUCAUUUUACAAUUAAAUAAUAGCGGAUAGUUUGUUCAAAGCAUUGAAAGCAUUAACAUUUGAGAUGAGAAGGGAAAUAUGGGAAACCUAACACGGAAGCAAAAAUUCUGUUUUGUAACACUUAGCCAUUAUUCCUUUUAUUUUAUUAUUUAAUAAAGGGUUAUACAAAUGUAUUGUUUUAUAUAAAAGUGGCUUUAUCAACCAAUCGAAGCACCACAAACAAGAUUUUAUAGCUUAAUGCAUCAGAAACGGCGACGUGAAAUUCUUUAUAUGUUGUUUGUUUGUUUUCAUGUUCAGCUGUCGUAUGUAUUCAAGUACCCGAAAACACAAAUGCAUACAGUAUAAUCUGGUGACUGCCUCAAGCAUCUGUUCAUUGUGUGAAUGUGGAACACACAUCUGUUGUCAUUUAGUCAAAUGCCUUUUCGAUGUAAACUGAUGCUGGUGGGUUUCCUUUGUUAUACUGUACCUGUUAUCUGUUGUCAAAAGUUAGGCUUUAAAAUCAAAUAUCAAACUAAUAAAUAUUUCAGAUGGGAUCGUCUUGGGAGUAUUUUUAUUUUUGUGUGCCUGUGUUUGGCAAAAAGUCUUCUAGGUUAACCUUUCUCACCCUGAUCCGUUUCUGAUAUUUUGCGUUACAAUGUAACCACGACCUUGAAAAACGUAACAGUUUCAGAAACGGAUCCAACAUUCCAAGACUUGGAAUGACACGUCCCGUAGGGCAUUGAAAGUGAAAGCUGCCCCGCAGGCAUGAGGUGGGAGUGGCCUGUGAGUGGAGAGGGGCGUGUUUUACAAGUGUGCGUACGAGAGUAAAUAUUUUUCCAGUACUGGUGGAACCUGUCUGACUGCUUCACCAGAGAAAAGAAGACGCAGCCUGAGGUGUAGAGCACACAAAGAACAGCCGAGAGAACAAACGCACGUUUGCCGUACCAUUGCGAGAAAAUGCAGGACGGGGAAAGAGAGAGCUCGUGAAAUUAGACCACCAGGACGGACCCUUAUGGACGUAAUGUAAACAUGGACGUGUGAGAAGCUGUGACAGUUGAUGGUCUCAAUGAGGUCGUCUUUGGGAGUUUUUGAGUGUGUUUAAUGGGUAGACUGGUUCUGGAUAUGGGGGGAUGUCAGAGCAACAGCAGCUCUGAUGAAGAGGAUGUCAAUGUUCCGAAGGCAAACCGCAGCUUGUUUAAAGU